AUGUUACAACUUGGGAAGGCGCUGGAAAUCGUACAAGAUGAUGACGACUCGCAGCUAGCAUAUUUUAAGUUAGCUUUUGAAACCUCACCUGAAAUGAGAAAUUACUACGAGUUGGCAACUCGUAGUGAAAAAAAAGUUAAAUUAUUUGAAAUAGGUUGUGAUGAGAAUGAUGCCAAUCAUUUUGCUAAGCUUCUGGCUAUGAACUGGUCAAAGAUAUUCGUACCUAGUGCUUGUGGUACUUGCUCUUGUGGUGCUGCUUGGGAUAAGCGUGAUGUAUCAGAUGACUGGCUGGAUGUGGAAGGCUGUCAUGUGGCGUAUCUUUAUGAUUUCCACUGUGUGAAUGUGUAUUAUCGACCGUGUUCUACAUGCACAAACAAGAAGCGGUACGAUGGUAUCGAGAACAACGUCUUGUGGUUUGGAUCAUUUUCCAUUUCGCAUGCAGUCCUCAAAGAUUAUAUAAGGCAUUUUUUGGUUUCAAGCCUGCCCAUGUAUAAAUAUUACGUGACGUACGUCCAAAGACAAGUUAUGUCAGGAAAUUUGAAUUUUUCUGGCAUUAUAACUUACACCAAGUUUCGUCUGGCAGUUACUGCAAUGAUUAGAUUACUUGACAUUGACUUUGUUGACGCUUUUCAUUGUAACAUCUGUGGAAAACAUCCGAAAAAAGUUGUUAUGGACGGUACGGCACUUGGUAUCCAAAAAACCUUCUUGCCUCGUAAGGUAGCUCCCCCAGAAGGCCCUACGAUGGAUGGAAGUAGGUUCGAAACGCGGAACUUCCUCAAUCGGAAGAGGCAGAGAGAGUUGUUGAAGAAAUUUAUAAAGAACCAAAUUACAGAAGACGAACUCGUGGAAUUAACCUCGGAAGUAUUUGUUACGGCUUUCAAGUGAUGCCCGAUCAUGAAUCACCCAAUGUUCCUUUUACCAUUUUAAGAACUCGAUUUUCUGAAGCUCCUGAACUAGUGAUCUAUGACAACGCGUGCAAACUACACGAGUACUGCCUUAACCGCGAUCCUGCUUUUUUUAAAAAAUCCAAAUUCAUCGUCGACAAGUUUCAUUGGAGAAACCAUUCUGGUUGCUCUGAGGGAUACGAUAUUAAUAGAUAUCCCAUUUUAAAAACGCACAACAGCCAAGCUGCAGAGCAGUGUAACUCUGUAAUGAAGCCACUUGCGUCAAUGGUUUCAUACAUGGAAUAUGACAACUUUUUGCUAUUUUCGAAAUUGUAUAUUUGGUACAGAAACAUGUUGCGCAUAAUAAAAUGCAAUCCUGGACGGGAUGUUCCAGAGAGGGAAACGUUUCUUGCAAUCAGCAAUAUUAUCAGAUAAGUAGUAUUUGAAAACCAGUAUUAUUUAAUUGGGAACCAUGUUGAAACGAAAUGCUAACACUUUGGAACAAACAAAAAAAGUCUAAGUAACAGUUGAAAUAUUUUUCUAAAUUCAUCAUUUUUAAAGAAAAUACGUCAUAUUUAUGACAUGUCUGCGUAACGUAUAGCUGUAACAUUUUGUCCUCAAACAGCUUCAUAUUUUUCGCAUUUAUAGCAUAAUGAAAAAUUUUGGAUAUGAAAAUGAAUGAAAUCAAUUUUUAAAAUGUUGAAA